AUAGGAGCCUUACAGAGGUGGAGAGGGGGGUGGGCCCCUCACAGAGAUGGGGGGAGGGAGCAGGAUUCCUCAAACAAAAGGGUUUAAGGAGCAAGACCUCUCACAGAGAUGGAGGGAUUAAGUUGCUUACAGAGGAGGAAAAGCUAAGACUCAGGAAGGGCAUGGUCCCUCACUAUUGUGGGAGAAGGCAGGGCUUCUCCUUGAGGGCAAAGGAGGGCCCUCAAGCAAGUGGGAGUAAGAGGGCAAGACCCCUCACAGGGAUGAGAGGAAGAAGCUUGCAGCAGAGCAGGGAGAAAGCGCAGCCCUCUACUGCAUUGCUAGGUCAAGGGGGGCUUAAGAUGACUGGAAUCCUGAGACGGGCUGGACCAACAAGAACUCAGCUAGUGAGCUCUGACGGAUAGACUUGUAUGGCAUAAACACUGUAUGUCACUCUUCUGUCUCUCUGGGAGUCUGGAUGAAUGGGGUUAUGAUCACUGGGGCUGUGCAUCCCUGGGGGUGCCUAUCCCUGAGAUUCUGUGACACUGAGAUUGCAUGUACUGGAGUUCUAUGCCAUGGCAUGGGUUGGGGGUUUCUGAGUUGUAUAGCCUUCAUGAAGUUGUACCAUGGUGUGGAAUUUGCAAAAUCUGUGAUCUGUGGAGUGUAAGAUUUGUGUACACUUGGGUUCCCUCAGGGUUACCUGAAAAGGGCCCAUAAAACCCAGCAUUCCCUCCCCACCUGGCCUCAGGACAGCCUGGCCUCAUGGCAUUCUGGAAUCUGUAGUUCUUUGGCUCUCUCCAUGGAUAUUCAUUUGAGUCCCUGGGAUGUAGUCAGGGCCUGUGAUCUCUCAUUGCCGUGUGUCCCCCAGAAGGAGGGGAGAUGGGCCUGAGCCAGAGCCAUGUUUAGAACUCUCUUGGGGAGCACACGUUCCCCCAAGUCCCCUUCCUGGGCCUGUCUUUAGUGACAGAUGGCUGGAGCCAGGCAGGGCCAGCUCUCAAUCAUUGCAGGCAUGACUUCCAGGCCCCAAAAUAGCCCCAACGUCUAGGGAGGUCAUUAAUCACCUGAUACAGCUGGGGGCUGCAGUAGCUUCUGGCCUGGCUUGAAAUGGAGUGGGGCUGGGGGGCUGAGAGAAGGGCUUUGGGGUUUUCACUGGCUGGUCCUCCACUGGUGGAGAAACAAGGGUAGACUGGGGAAGGUGGGCAGCUGCAUAGGGUGGGUGCCUCCACAGGGCAGCAUUACUCCUGGGUUUGAAUUGUGGAGUUAAAGAACUGAAUGAUAAGAUCUCCGUGGUGAGAUUUAAGGGACCUGGGAGGGCCCACCUAAUGCCCCAAGAUAGAUUUUCCUUGGGCACUCACUCUGCCUGAAGUGCUUCCAUUAAGACUUCACUCCUUUGGGUGAAGAGCUAAGUCCGGGGGCACAGGGGUGCUUGGGAAGGACAGAUCUGGGCAAAUUUCCCACGGGCCCUGAGACGUAAGAGGUCACUGAGUAGAGAGAAGGGAGAGCCUGAAAAACAACUUACUCUUUCAGUUCUGGCAGACUGUCCCACCAGGGGCCCGGUUGAUUAGAACCUUGAGCUCCUAUGAGGCUGGGUCAAGGUCUUAGAGAGUUGAAGGUGGGGUGAGGGAGGGAAGAGGAAGUUCAGAAACAGGGCAACUGCCUGCAAAUUUGUCAUUCUGUCCAUCUGUGAAUCAGCAAUGUGGAGCAGGGAGCUGUUGCUGUGGUGUCUCUUUCAGUCCAAAUAGCCUGGCUUGGCGUUCAAGGCUCCAAGGAAUCUGACCCUUUUUGCUCUUUCACCCAUGACUCCUCCAACAUAAACUAAGCUAUAAUCUUCCAGCACUCCUUGACACCCCACACGCAUCGCCCUUUCCCUGGAGAUAGCCUGAGGGAAUCGGCAGAGCAUGGGCUCAGGUUCAAAUCUCCAUCCACCCUUUAUCAGCUAUGUUAUCUUGGGAAAAUCACUUCCCUGAGCUUCAAUUCCUUCAUCUCCAAAUGAGUGUAAGGCUACUCAUUCUGACCGUAUCAGCUGUAAAAAAGGGAUAAUAGACCUAGCAUCUCAGGUUUAUUGUGAAGUCUAGAUGAGAUAGUACAUGUAAAGUGCUCACAGUACACAAUAUGCUUGAUAAAUGUUGAUCCCUUUUUUAAGGCAGACUGUUGAAGUUUUAGCCAUUCUUUAAGACCCAGCUCAAAAGGUACCCUCUCCAUCGAGUUUUCCCUGGCCUCCCAGUUAGAACUGCACGUGGGGUUUUUACUAUAGCUCAUUUUAUGACCUGUCUACAAUGGUUCCUAAUGAAUAGUAGGCACUGUUUGUUGAAUGAAUAGAUGUCUUAUAGCAUAGUUAUCUCAGUGCCGAUGUCUCUCCCUGCCCAGUGCUGAGAGCCAGAACCGUAUUUGGUUCAUCUUUGUUUCACAGGCACCAGCUCAGAGCCUGGCACUCAAUUCGUGAAGGCACAGUUUUUAACAUCUUUGCCCUCAAGGAGCCUGGGAUCUAGUUGAAGAGACAGGAGUGACCCAGAGAGAAGAUCUGGGUUCAGAUCUCGGCCCCAUCCCCUCUUAGCUGGUUGGCCUUGAGCAAGUCCCUUUACUUCUCUGUACCUCUUUUGUAGAAGUGCUCUGUGAAUCCCUAAGAGCUAUAGAAAUCUAAGGGGGGACGGUUUGCCAUGUUAGCAGUGAUGGUUGUUGUUGUUAGCUGCUUAAGAGUAGCCCCUGACUCAUGGUUAACCCACAGACAACGGAAUAAAACACUGCCUAGUCCUGCGUCAUCCCCGUGGUCGGACCAUUGUGAUCCAUAGGGUUUUCACUGACUGAUUUUUGUAAGUAGAUCGCCAGGCCUUUCUUUCUAGUCUGUCCUAGUCUGGAAGCUCUGCUGAAACUUGUUCAACAUCGUAACAACACACAAGCCUUCACCAACAGAGGGGUGAUGGCUGUGCAUGAGGUACAUCGGCCAGGAAUUAAACCUGGGUCUCCCACAUGGAAAGUAAAAGUCCUACCACUGAACCACCACCGCCCCUCCAGCAAUAAUGGUAGGAAACUUAUUCAGCAGUUACUCUGUGCCAGGCAAUAUUCUAAGGUCUUUCCGUGUAUUAAUUCAUUUACUCCUCCCAACAACCAUACGAGGUAGUAAACUGAGGUACGGAGGUGUUAAGAACUUGCCCAGUUAGUUGCAAGUGGUAAAGCUGGGAUUUGAACACAGGGAAUAUAGCACCUGGGCCCAUGCUAUUACCUAACAUGCUACACUGCCUCUUUUUACUGUUCCGGCUAAUAACAUUACAGAAUUGAGUGCUGAAUUUUGAGGGCCCAACAAUGAGUUCAGUAAGAAUUCAGGUAACUGGGAGAACACUGAGGCCUGGAGGCUCUGAAGGGAAGAGUGGAGGGUUUAAGCUGCCUCUGAAUGAUAGAUAAAAAUUGUGGGAUAAAGAAGGGCAUCCCAGGCAGAGAGAAUAACAGGAGCAAUGGCACAGAGAUAGGACUGAGUUUGGUGUGUCUAGGAGGCAGUGAAGAGGCCAGACUGUCAUAAAUGAAGGAUUCUGCUGAUGAGGGUGGGGGGAAGAGUAUUAAACCCCAACUGUGCAAUUUAGACAGUCACAGGGAGAUAGUUACUGAUUUCAUCUGUAAGUCUGUAACCUUUAAGGUGUGAGAGACCAAAACUAGCCACUGAAUUGACUUUUUCCUGGUGGGGGUUGGGGGCAAGCAGAAGACCAUGUCUGUAUGAAGCUUACCCUUUCCUCAGGCUUCCCUUCCACACCUACCCUGGAGGUUGCCCUUGGGGAAGGGGGUAAAUAUGGUGCGAGGUGGAUACCUGACCCCCAGUGGUUAGCAUAGAAAACUGCAGAUCGGUGAACCUCAACUGGAGCAGUAAGGACCAGCCUCCACCCCACAGUUGGAACUGACACCUAUUCAUCUCAGAGCUCAACCAGGGGAGGGGGCCCUCUGGAGUAACUUCCAUACACUGGACCUCCUGAGUAGGCAAGCUUUCUCAGAGGGGAGCCAGUGUAGCGUGGUGGUCUAGAGCACAGGCUCAGAGGUCAAACUGAGUUAAAACUGAGGCUCUGACACUGCCUGAUCUUGGGGAUUUGCUUAACCUCCUUUUGGCUCAGUUUCCCUACCUGUAAUAUGGUCAUAAUAGUACUGCCUCCAUAGAUUUAUUGUGAAAAUUCAAUGCGAUAAUGUCUGUAAGCACAUAACCCAGUAUCUAGCACAUAGUGAGUGGUCAGUCAAUGUUAGCCGGCAGUGGUAGCAGUGCUGUUAUUAACUCUGGCCUUUGCUUCUGGCUCACUGGCCCUGCAGGCCUCCCCUCCCCCUACAGCACCAGGAAAGAGCCAGGGAAGAGGGGGAAGGGCCUCCAGGAGUGCUCUAGGUGGUGGGUGGCUGCUGUGGAGGGUUCAGGUUUCCCUCAUACCCUGGGCUGCUCCAUCAGCUCAAUUACGGUUCCCAAGGAGUAGGCAGGGCUUUGGCAGCUCCUGGGUGAAGUCAUGGGGAUGGGGGAGCAUGGUUCCCCCUUUCCUCACAAGUAAUUUAGGUCUGCUGUUCCCAAAGGCAGCCAAACUAAGGCCCCUCCUCAGAGGGUUGUGAUGGGGCCAAGCCCUCUUCCUGUCCAGGCUAUUGUAUCUAAUCCUCCCUCUCUUGGGCCUCAGUUUCCCUGCCUGUGGCCUGCGGGAAGAAAGUGCUUCCUGCCUCACAGUCUCCAUGGCAACCGCAAUCAAUGCUGGUGGUGUCCUCCUGACGGGAGAGGUCACUGCCUCCUCCACUCCUGCCUUAUAUUCUCAUACACACAGAUAGACAAUUCCAUGCUGAUACGAGUACACAACUAUAAAUCCAUACUCCUGAUUUUACAACACACCCACCCCUACUAAUCCUCAGACCCACUUCCCACAAACCUACUAAAACACAAAUACCUCGUGCCCUAUACACACUCAAAUACUGAUACACAAGAGGAGAAAUUUGUAAUUAUACACAAAACACACCUAAUAGACAUGUGCACACUCAAGUGUACACACAGAGACACACGUAAGAGUAGACACACUCCCAUACAGACCAACACAGGAAUAUACACCCAGGAAAACACCCAGACACCCAUAGCAUAUUCUGUUCCAUAAAGCUAUUAGAGUGUCUCACAUACACACCCACACUGCCCUUCAAGGCUUUCUCCUUCAGGGUAGCUUCUCUCUCUGCCCCCUUCUCUUGCACAGUGAGGCCACAAAGGUUUCUGGGGAGGCUGUCCUCAGAGACAGAAGCAGGUCACUGCCUCUCUCCUCUGGCUUGGCCCAACCUGGCCAGUAUCCUUCACACCAAGGGUUCCCAAGGAGGUGCCAGUCCAAAGGCUGAGGUGACCCAAGGAAGAGGGGAAGAGGAAGAGGCGGCAGCUGUGGCUGGGAUGCGUGUGGGGCAGAGGCGGGGUGAGGGGAAGAGGGAGGAGACCCAGGGCGGGGAGGCGGAGGGAGGCUGCAGGCGGUCCUACUCUCCUGCCGGGGAGUCUGAGGAGAAGGUGGUGCUAGGCUGGGGCUGGCGUUUCUGAGCCUCAGCCGGUGGGGGCCAUGCCCCAGGCCCACCAUGAACCUGGAAGGGCUGGAGAUGGUCGCUGUGCUCGUGGUCCUCGCUCUGUUUGUCAAGGUCCUGGAGCAGUUUGGCCUCUUUGAGCCCGUCUCCUUGGAAGACAGCGUGGAGGAUGAGUUUGAACUGUCCACUGUAUGUCACCGGCCCGAGGGUCUGGAGCAGCUGCAGGAGCAAACCAAGUUCACGCGCAAGGAGUUGCAGGUGCUGUACAGGGGCUUCAAGAACGAAUGUCCAAGUGGAAUUGUCAAUGAGGAGAACUUCAAGCAGAUUUACUCCCAGUUCUUUCCUCAAGGAGACUCCAGCACCUAUGCCACUUUUCUCUUCAAUGCCUUUGACACCAACCACGAUGGCUCGGUCAGUUUUGAGGACUUCGUGGCUGGUUUGUCGGUGAUUCUUCGGGGAACCAUAGACGACAGGCUAAACUGGGCUUUCAACUUGUAUGACCUCAACAAGGAUGGUUGCAUCACCAAGGAGGAAAUGCUUGACAUCAUGAAAUCCAUCUAUGACAUGAUGGGCAAGUACACCUAUCCUGCACUCCGGGAGGAGGCCCCAAGGGAACAUGUGGAGAACUUUUUUCAGAAGAUGGAUAGAAACAAGGAUGGUGUGGUGACCAUUGAGGAGUUCAUUGAGUCUUGUCAAAAGGAUGAGAACAUCAUGAGGUCCAUGCAGCUCUUUGACAAUGUCAUCUAGUUCCCCAGGAGAGGGGGUCAGUGUGUCCUGGGGGGACCAAGCUCUAGCCCUUGUCCAGGUGGACCUCACCCAUCUCUUCCCAGGUCUGUCCCCACCCUAGCCCUGUCCUGGGGGCUGUAGGGCACCAAGAGCCUGGGAAUACAGUAGCCCAGGUCACUGAAGCUGAGGGGGCCGGGGAGUGGGCAGACUACAUCUAGGAGAUGCUGCCCAGGGUCUAGAACUCCCAACAACUCCCACCCCCUUCCCACCUGAUACCCAUGUGCUGAGGGCACCCUUGCUGUAGGAAAUGAGUGGUCCCCCCAGCUCCCACCCCCACUGUAGAAACCAUGACACUAGACAGAAUGUCUCCUGCUAUGGUGCUCCCCUCAUCCCUGAUCUCAUAAACAUUUCCCCUAAUACUCCCUUCUCAGAGAGGAUGAUCUUUUCUUGGUACUGGCUGGCCUUUGAGACCAGCCUUUGAAAGCCCUGUGAGAGGAGGAACAAGAAUGUAGAAGGAGGAGUCCUGGGCUUGGGCCAGUGGCUAGGUCCUAGGAGGUGGCUGGGAUAGAGGGCAGAAAGACCUGGGUUGAUCAUCAGUGAGAGCUAAGACAUACUAGGCCAAAGCCCCACUCCCCCAGACUAUCGGAAUAUGAGUUUCCAGGCUCUUCAGAAGACCCUAUCUCCUUGGAAGUGCUCCAGAAGUUUUCCAUAUCCUCUUCGGUAGAGGAAAGCCUGAGAUCCUGAUGUUUGGCUCAUUCCUGAAAUUCCUUCCUCUCCUUCCUUCCUGGUGGUGUUGUGGUGACGAUGGCAAAGGAAUAUGUGUGGGGCGAUGUCCUUGCUGAUGCCUGCUGAAGUUUCAGCCUACCCUCUCUGCUCAUCACCCAUUUUAGUUGCUCUAUAUUUUCAUUUACCAUGGCCUCUAGAUUUGGAGGCGUGGAGUGAGUCAGGGACCUUCCUGAACUUGGGUUUCUAUCUCUUCCCCCAGUGAAUGCUUUAGAAGGAAGGAGGAGGAGGGAACCAGGCAUAGCAUCUGAACCCAGGUGUGGAUGCAUUCAUUAGAAUCUUUGAUCAACCCAGGCUCCAUUCCCAAACCCUACAUGACCUCCUCAGUUCCCAGCUAGGGUUUCCUCUUGCUCUACUGAAUCUGCCCAGAGAUGCCCCUGAGCACACUUAGAGGGCAGGGACCAUAUAACCCAGGUCCCAUCUCAUUGUCAGCACUCCUGCCAUGCUGCCACCCCUUAAUAUACCUGCUUGUCCCAUUCAGUCACCCUCCCAGCCAGCCAGGGUCUGAGGGAGAGAACCCCCUUUUCCCAUCAGAACACUGUUGGCUGUUUUGCAUUUUUGGCUCUUCUGUAUAUUUUGUAAAAUAAGAGAUACACCAGAUCCAAUAAAACACAAUGGCUAUGCACAGGCUGCUGUCUCUGCCUUUUUGUUCCUCCCACUCCACACGUAACACACAGCUCCUGACUCCUGCACUUGCAGCCUCAUAGGUCCCCAGGGAAGUUCCUCUGUCUCCAGGGGAGCCAUAGUCUGGCCAUACAUUGGUAGAUUGAGACACAGGUUCUGGAAAGUUGGAAACUCAUCUGACUUCAGAGAAACCCCCAUGGGAAUUUCCUGCCCACUCAAAUCAGAGUAUUUUUGUUUCCUAUCCUGUGAGGAGACAAGGAACAUUAAUAUCCCAAAGACUAUGCCAAGCAAGCUGUCAUUUGGCUAGACAUUCUUACAAGUUGAAUCAAGAAUUUCGACUCUGCAGACUUCUUAAUCUCAAAGUGCUUUCUUUUGAGGAAGGGUACCUUUUAGUUUCUAGUGAAAGUUCCUCUGUGUAAAUAUCCCAACCUUGCCUCUAGUAUGGAUGUGCAUUUGUGCCUACAUCCCACUCAGGAAUGAUGGAGAGAGCAUAUGGGAUGGACCCAGGACAGAUUACCAUGGGGCUAGUGACACAAAGGGUGAUAGAGAUUUCCUAUACGGGGUGGGAAUCUUUCUUCAUUUGGCUCCUGGAGAGGGACCACCAAUGGUCCUCUGGGGUACCAUUAUAUGGUGACUAAGCAUCAUCUGCAGAAGGAGGAUUAGGCCCUUUCCUCCCCCACUGUACACAUUGCCAAGGGAGAAGUAUAGUGUCCAAGAAGAAAAAACUUACUCCCAGAGUCCAUCAUUUUGUCAUCUGUGUUCCCUGCUUACAUCAUCACAGAGCCAUCUGCUUUUCUAGUCCUUGAGUUUCUUUGAUCCUCUUAAAUUUCUGAUGAAAUCUGUGGGCCACAGUCCAGAAGGAAAAAAGAUGUAAUAUUUUCCAUAUAUUUUUAGGAGCAUUAUGUAUCCUUGAAGCAUCCAUGGGCCCUAGGUUAAGAACCUGUGAUCUAGUCUACCCCUCAGCCUUAAAAUUUUAUAGAAGAUAAACCGGCCCAAAGAGAGAAGAGGACUUACUCAAAGCCACCCAGUGAGUUUGUAGCAGGAUCAAGACUAGACCCAGUUUCCCAAUGUCCAUUCAGGGUGACCCUGGGGUACAGUAAAUAUCCAUGUGUGAAGAAUGCAUUCUGUGCAUGUCACUUAUAAUCUAAACAAGGUGAUACUGUGGCAGGCUGUCAUGGUGCCUUCUGCUUUUCCUUCAUGGCACUUUUCAGUUUGUAACCAUGUAUUAAGUGAUUAUUUGCCUGUCAUCUCCAACAUACUGUAAGUACCUGAGGACACCUUGAGUACCUGGACUAGGUCUUGUUUCCUAUCUCCAGGGCCUGGCACAUAAUAGACAUUCAAUAAGUAAUUGUAUGAUAUGUGGUUAAUUGCCUCCAUGAACAACUGCCUCCUUUGCCAUGAGACUGGAAGAACUGGAUGGUGCCCCGCUACCAUUACUGAACAUAUUGAUCAAAGAUUCUAUAGAAAAAUCUUGAUCAAAACGGGGAAAAUACAGAACAGAAUUUCAAAUUUUCAUGGAAUCCUUCCCCUGAAACUAUUGUCCUAAGAUAAUCUUUAAACCUUAAACCAAAAAUAUCUCCUGAAGUCUUCUUAAAACCAAACAAUACUUUAGCUUAACCAGUAAAAAAGUCUGCCUUGAGCAUUAUGCUCUUUUAAAAACUAUCGAUAUGGGACCAAAUUGACCACAGCACCUCGAAAGAUAUGGUAGAAACCUUAGGGGGCAGUGAGUUUAUGUUAAUGGAGGGGGAACAACUCACAGAAGGAAGGUGAGAAUGUUUGUACAACUCAAAGAUUACAAUCAAUGUCACUGAAUUGUAUAUGUAGAAACUAUUGAAUUGAUGUAUGUUUUGCUGUAUAUAUUCUCAAUAACAACAAAAAUAAAAUAAAAAUAAAUAAUGCUGUGUGAAAUAAGUCAAUCACAAAAGGACAAAUAUUGUAUAACCUCACUUAUAUAAAAAGACAAGAAAAGGCAAAUGUAUAGAGAAUAACAUUUAUUAGU